GUAAUAUUGUACGUAUAUGCAAUGUACUUCCCGUUAGAGGUGUGCUAGGCGUACCUUAGUACAUAAUGUAGCGAAGCAGUGAGGCAGUGCAGAGCCUAAUACCUUACGAUCUAAGCGGCUGUUGCCUAGACCGUGCUGUAAAGGAUGCAAAAGUACCUGCACUACUUAGCGAUAGGCACGUAAGCAGCCCACUGUGCUGCCGGCGUUCCGAAGGUAACAGUUGUUACAAGCACUUAGGUAAUUAAACUAUGGGCACAUUUUUAGCACAAUGCUCCUAGCACCCUGAGUCUCCAGGUAACAAACACUAACCCGGAGCCCAUCAUUUCUAACUGUGCGAAUAAUUAUAUAUACUGUCGCCGCCGAAUCCCGCCUUGAGAUGCUCUCCUAGGACUUACAUCUCUUACUCAACUCGUCAGGGAGCUUUCAGCCCUUUAUUCUUUGUUUCAUACACUUCCCCCUCUUCGUAUACAACUUUCUACAAUAGUUAUUCUCGCUCCUUUCUUUGAACCAUCUUCUAUUUUAUCAAAUUUAUAGUUUUUAUCUUUUCUCUGGUCUCUGUUUUAUCUUGUCUGCUCCAAGUACGAAGUACAGACAAUCCAAAAUGUAUCGCGACAUUGCGCACGCGGUUUACAAGCGGGGUGAAUCCUCGAUGGGAGGCUACGAGAUGCCCGGUUGGGGUUGGGGUCUCAUACUGCUCGAUAUCAUAGUGUUCUUGCCUUUGUUUAUGACGGUAUGCCAUAGCCUCCAGCAUGUAUUCCCUACACUCGCCAUCGUUGAGGAUCCGUCCCCUCCGGCUUACGAGCCCGUCUCGCUAAACGAUGACGCCCAAUCCCUCGCCGAAGAGAAUGCCCCCGUUGCCGAUGAAGCUGCUCGUGGUGGUUCCCAGGCUCGCCUCAUCACCUCGUCCGUCCGUUCAACCUACCGCACUCUAACUGCGAUCAGCGGUUUCCGCUCUCUAUUCCGCGGUCUUGCCUGCUACUUUGCCUUGACUUUGGCAGGCGGCGUCGUCUUCGGCAUCCUAUCUAGCACAUUUGUGCCUUCUCUUAUUGCCGCUCCGAUUUCUGCCGUGGCUCUCGUACAGGUCUACACAGCAUGGACACAUAUCGUCAUCUCCGCGCCAAGCUCCAAGACUUUCUGGCAGCGCCUGCCUCCCUUCAAGAAGGCCUUCCAGGCUACUGCGCUCCCAGUCGUCAUGUUCUACUUUGCCAAGGAGCUCUCUACAUUUGUCCCGAAGAUGCUUGCGUACGGCAUGUCCAUGAACUUGCCCGACCCCAAGCAACCCGGUGUUAUUCCCGAAGGCGACAAGAACGACAUCUGGAAGGCGGUCCUAGUUCUUCUCCUAGCCCUUGUCAUGAACAUCUUCCUCGUCAUCCCUACCCAAGUCAUCCUUACCCGUGUCCAGGCUUCCCUUCUUCCCGAUGAGGACGACACCAUCGUCCCUUUCGACCGUUCGUUCCAGGGCAAGGUGGAGCCUGCUAUCGUUGGCGGCAAGGGUUUCGUCACGAUUAAGGAUGCGUGGCAGUCGUUCCCUCGCGCCUCGUGGGUCCGACUUGUCAAGCUAUACGUCAAGAUCUUCGCAGCUGGCCUGGUGCUUGGUCUCCUUUGGAUGGCUGUUGUCGUUCCUGAGAUGAUGCUUAUCAUGAGCCGCAGCAAGAAGAUCGAGUAAGUCGAUUCAAUUAGCUAAAUGGCUAUAUAUACCACUACUUCGCGACUCGCUUUGGUGUUGAUCUAGCCGGUCCUUCUGGCAGGUUUUUGUCUGCCAAUUGUUAAUGGCUUAGGAAAAUGGUCGGUAGUUGAAGGGCUCAGGUCCGUGUUUCCGGGUAAAAUGGGCAAUGUAUUGUAUUAUAUACUAUCCGCCAAACUUGGGUAGUGAACUAUGAGAUAACGAAAAGAGUUGGUCAUAUCUCGGGUUCAGUCGAACCGUCCAUACACUAGAACAGUCUUUUCAAUUAUAUUUUCUCAGUGAAGUCUAGUUACUUUUACGAGGCUCGGGUCAGAGCAGAUAAGAUAUUCUUUACUGGUCUACAUAGUAGUAUUCAUGGCAAUGAGUGAUACUUCAAUUGGGACACCGUGAUCUUCCGAUCAGCUAAUAUUUUCAUAUGGGCAAUUAUGUAUUGAAUACCAAGUAGUAAGGCUACCUUACCUGAUAACAGUCGAGAUGAUUAGGUAGUUUUUAGAUGGUCAUAGAAAAAUCAUUGGAAAUUAAAGAGGCCGGAUUUAUUCAAGCUUGAGAAUUGAAGCCAAGUGUCUUUUGACAGAUACUUGGUACCUUUUGCCAAGCAAUUUCCAAGUUGCCUUCUAUGCAUGUGUUGAAGAGCCG